UAAGAAGGGCGAGUGUGCGAGGGAACAUAGGAAGAAGAGAUCCAGAGAAGAAAGAAGCGCAGGGUGAUGAGGAGGUUUUUCCGAGUGCAGAGAGAUGAAGAUUGCAGCCAGAUCCAGUAUCUCACAGCCAAGUGCAACCGUCUGGCACAGGAGAAAGCAGCGUUGGAGAGAGAGUGCCUGUUAUCCAGAGAGAGAGUGCGGGUCCUGCAGCUGGAGUUGGAAACGGUGUGUUUGCAGCUCCGACAGAAUGAAAACACCAUCCAGGAGCUUCUCGAAAAACUCCAUCACCAACAGAAUGUCGUAAACACGAGCGACACGGCUCUGUUAAGUGUUCACUUGGAGUCGAUAAGCUCAGAGCUGCAAUACAUACAGUCCACUGAGAAGCAGCUAAUGGGCUUUGUGGACCAGCUCCAUCAGGAGGCCCAGCAAGCAACCAAAAAGGCACAGGGCCUGGAGGCGCAGCUCCAACAGGAGGCCCGGCUUCAUGCCGAGCAUACAGAAAACCUGGAGAAAGAGCUGGAGAGUAAAUCGAAUGCCAUUGAGGAGCUGAAGAAGGCCCAGGAUGCAUUGCAGCAGGAGCUAAGCGAGCAAAAUACUGCUCAUCAGAAGACGGUGCUGGAACUGCAGUGUGAAAACUCAGCCAGCAUACACAAACUCAGAGAGAUGGCUGAGCAAGUCGAGUGGUUGUGUGAUCAACAGCGCAACUGGAUAUCCUGCAUUAAAAGGUUUAAGGACUGCCUGAAUGAUGAAAAGGAGGCCCUGGUUCUUCAGGUGAACAGGUUACAGGAAGAAUUGCUGGAUCUCCGAAAGAACUCAGAGUCUGAAACGAUCGGUGAAGAAGACGCAGAACCUAAAAUCCAUUGCAGCAGAUGGGACCUAGAUGCCAUGUUGGAUCUGCAGGUAGAGGCAGACAAGUGGAAAGGAAGAUACCAGGAACUCUUUAGCAAAUUCACAUCAUACCAGGUGGACUGUCAUGAGGAUGAGGACCCAAAACCUCCAUGAAGUCUGGAUACUUACAUCAUGCACAGUGUCGACUACUGCACAAGGGAAAACCCCCAAACUAGGGACAUUUAAUAAAACAAUUAUUGCACAUACAUUUAUAAUAGUACUGUUCUUUGGU